AUGGAUAAUCAAAAUUAUAUUUAAGCUAAUAAUUAAAUGAAGUCAAAGCUGGCUCUAAAUAAAGCUCAAUAACAAGAAGAUAUUUUGCAGUAGUAAUAAUCCAUUUCAGAAGAUAAAUUACCUUUUAAAUCCCCUCAAUUUACAAGGAUUUCUUAAGAGUAAGAGAGUCAGUAAAAUGAUAAAAUUGCAUCUUUGUUAUAAUAGGAGUACUAAAGCGAUUAAAGCUAUAUUUCUUGUGCUCAAAAUUAAAACAAUCAACUAGCUCAACAAAUUAGUGAUAAAAAAAGUUUCUUUAUCACUAAUUUGCCUUCUAAGACCUUAGAACUUUCGUCUUCAAUAAUUUAAGUUCGAAAAGGAAGAAAAACUAUAGACAGACAAAAAAGAGAUGACUCCGUGUCAGAAUAUUAAAAUAAAUCUAAAAAGUCGAAAAGAAAAGACUUGUCAAAUAGAAACUCAUAAGUAGAAGAAAAUGAAUUAAUUUAUUAGCAAGAUGAGGUCAUAACUAACUAGGUGGGUACUAACAAUGAAAAAAUAUGGGUAUCCAAAUUCUAUAAAAUUUUGACAUUUAUCAAUAGAUUUGUAGUUCGUAACAAAUAAAGACUUAUAUAUUUCCAUCCAAAUCAGCUUUAGAGUCAUUAGGCUUAAGCUAUCAACGAUUUAGCGUAUGAAUUCAACAAUGAGUAUGAGAAUAAAUAAAUGAUGAAAGAUAACAUUUUUAGAAGUUAAUAUAAAAUCGUUCGUAAACUGAGAAUUAUGUACUUGAUUUUUAGAAAAAGCACAAAAUAGUGCUACUCACCUUUUCAGAGCUUAUAAAAUAAGAUAAUAUCUCUAUUAAAAAAUAUUUUGGAUCCAAUACCUGUCAUUUUACCUUAUAAUAAUUUUUCUUUAGGAUGGGAUUUAAUUAUUCUAAUUUUAAUCCUUAUAAAUGUUAUAAAAAUUCCUUAUGAAUUAGCUUUUAAUGAUGGAUACUUUUCAGUUGGAAUUGUUUCUUAUAUAAGUAGAGCUAUAUUUUUCCUUGACUUCUUCAUGAUGUUUAACACAGCUUUUUAUGAGAAUGGCGUACUUGAAAAAUAGAGAAGCAAGAUAUUCCUUCAUUUCUUAAAAAAACGUUUAGUUAUUGAAGGAUGCACUUAUGUCUGUUUAUGGUUUAAUCCUUUUGGAAUAUAAUUGUUUAGGAUAUUUUUUUUAAUUAAGUUUUUAUAGUUUUACGAUACAAUAGAAAAGUUGGCUGAGGCAUUUCAGCUCUCUUAUAAAUAUAAUUUUAUUGUAAAACUGAUAGUUCUUUUAAUAGAAGUUGUUCUACUGUGUCAUUUAUUUGCUUGUAUAUGGUACUCUAUAGGAAAUUAUGAAGUAAAAAAUUCAACGGGUCUUAAUUGGAUUUAAAAGUUUAGUACUGACAAUAAUAAUCAAUAUUAGUAAUACAUAGAUUCUAUUUAUUUUUCUGUUGUUACAAUAGGUACAAUAGGAUAUGGAGAUAUUGUUCCAGUUAGCACUCUUGAAAAGGUUUGUUUAACAGCAAUGGCUAUAUUUUCUUGCGGAAUCUUUGCCUACAUACUCAGUAAUAUACAAAAUGUAUAUAGAGAAUACUAAAUGAAAUAAGAGGGAUAUAUUAGUAAGCUAGUUAAAUUAAAUAAUUACAUGUUUAAUAGAGAAGUUAAUCCUAACUUACAAUAAAUGGCUAGGAAAUAUCUCGAAUAUGUCCAUUAACAAGGAUUCUAGCAAGGAGUUAUGCCCUGCGACACUCUUAAUUCUCUAAGUAGCUCCUUAAGAUAAGAAAUUAAAGAAGACAUAUUCAAAAAAUCUAUUAAUAAUAUUAAAUACUUAUCAAACUUUAGUAAUUAAUUUAAAAUAUAACUUUCAAGAAAAAUGACAGAAAUUAAUUAUGGACCUGAUGAAUUUAUUAUGAAGAAAGGGUAACAAUAAUAGCCAAGGCUAUAUUAUAUCUUAAAAGGAUAAGUAGAAGUUUGCCUAGAUAAAGGAUUAAAGAAUGGCUACUAAGAAAAUAAUAGUUCAUUAUCUCUUCCAUUUAGUCUUCAAAAAUAAAAUGAUGUAUUAGGUUUAUUUGAGUUCACUUCUCAAUCAUAAACUUGUAUGACUAAUGCUAGAAGUAUUGGAGUUACUACAGUUCAUGUAUUAGCAUUAGAUGAUUUCUUAGAAAUAAUUAACCAAAAUAGUUAUGAUAAAGAAAUUUACUUUUAGUAAAAAGAUAAAAUCAACUUAUAUCAUAACUACUAGCAUGUUAAAUUAUUUUGUUAUUCUUGUAAGAGCAGCCAGCAUCUUAUUAGUGAUUGCCCUUUAUUUUUUUACAAGCCAAAUGAGGAAAGAGUUGUAAAUAAGUAUAUAAAAGAAUAGAAUUAUAUAAAAAAGAGUAUAAGAAAUAAAACAAGUUAACGAUUUAACUCAUUAGCCAUUUUCAAUUCCCUAAAAUAAGAUAUUCAAGAUUUUCGUGAUUAAAAUGAGUCUGAAAUAAAUUCAAUGUACUAAUCUUAAUCCACAAUAAAUGAGUGUUCUCUACAUAAUUUUGAUAUUAAUGAAGGCUUAUUGCAUCAAUAAAGUAACUUAUCUCCUUUGAAACCUAAAAGUGAAGUUAACUUAAGGCUAAUUAAAUAUAGAAAAUCUUAGGAAGAAGAUUAAAUCAACGAAUAAAAUGAUUUGUAAAAUAUUUAAGUAGAAUUUAAAGAUAAAGUGAAAAAAAUAGAUUUAAUUUAAUAAGAAAUAAAAUAAUAUUAGAGUUUAAAAACACCUGAUGAGGACUUCAAUGUGAGCUCCUCAUCAAAUUAAAAAUAGUUAAAUCAUUUAAAAACUAUGCCAGAAAAAAAUGUUUAAGAGAUAUAGCUACUUAAUAAUUUUGAAGGUAAAUAAAGAAAAAGUUUCAAUAUCUCUGUUGUAGUACCUAAAAGAAAUUCUAUUUCAACAAAUAAUAAAUUAUUAUCAAACAUAUCACAUGAAAGCUUUUAAACAUAACCCCUAGAAAGUGUGUUAAGCUAAAUCAACUAAAAGCAAUUAAAUGAAAAUUAAAAAUAUAAUAAAGAUAUCUAGCACGAAAAUAAUAAAGCACUAAAGUCUCAAACAUCAUUUUAAAAUUAAAACAAACGUUUAAAGAAUGAAAAUAAUAUUUCAUUCGCUGAAAUUUAAAAAGCAUUAAAUUUACUGGCUACCACAAUAGUAACAAAAGAUAAUAAAAAUAUCCAAGAUGAUAUUUAAGAAGAACUAAUAACAGAUACUAUUAGAUCUUACUAAUAUUACAUGAUUCACAAUAAUGCUGCAACUGUAAUUGAAAAGCUAAAUUUACUCAUUGAUAAAAAAUAGGAGAUAUAAAGGUAAAAAAUUUUAGAUGUAUUUUCUACUUCAGUGUAAUAUAGAAGUAUAUGCUAAAAAAUAUGA